GGGGAGCCGCCACGGGGGAGCGCGGCCGCCUGCGCCGCGGAGCCCCGGCCCCCGCCCGGCUCCUCCGUGCGAUGCUGCGCGGCACUGCACGGGGCUCGCUGCGGGGCGCCCGCCCGCACCGCGGGGCCGCAGCCCUGAGCAAUGAGCCCCCCCGGCCUCUCCACGGACUAGCCCGGGUCCCAGCCAGAGGCAUCUGAUGCUGCAGGUCCUGAAGGAUGCGAAUAACUUAGCGCUCCGCGUUGCGGUACCCGCCUGGGCACUGCUGCCUCCUGGAGAAACAGCCUGAGGAACUGACCUGUUGAUAGAGUGAGUCCUGUGGAGACAGGAGCACCCCACAUUUCGCCUCUUGCUGAGUGGACUAUGGUGGCAGGAAGAUGUUGGCUCGGAAGAGUAUCAUCCCUGAAGAGUAUGUGUUGGCACGAAUCGCUGCCGAGAACCUGCGCAAGCCACGCAUCCGAGACCGGCCACGCAAAGCCCGCUUCAUCGCCAAGAAUGGGGCAUGCAACCUGGCACACAAGAACAUCCGUGAGCAGGGGCGAUUCCUGCAAGACAUUUUCACCACCUUGGUGGACCUGAAGUGGCGUCACACACUGGUCAUCUUUACUAUGUCCUUCCUGUGCAGCUGGCUGCUCUUUGCCAUGAUGUGGUGGCUGGUGGCUUUUGCCCACGGUGACAUGGACCCAAGCACAGAAAGCACUACCAACAGCACAAAGUGGACACCAUGUGUGACAUGUGUCAGGUCUUUCACCUCCGCUUUCCUCUUCUCCAUUGAAGUUCAGGUGACCAUUGGUUUUGGGGGCAGGAUGAUGACAGAAGAGUGUCCCUUGGCCAUUACCGUCUUGAUCCUGCAGAACAUUGUGGGUCUGAUCAUCAAUGCUGUCAUGCUGGGCUGCAUAUUCAUGAAAACUGCACAAGCUCACCGGCGGGCUGAGACCUUGAUUUUCAGCCGGCAGGCGGUCAUUGCAGUUCGAAAUGGCAAACUUUGCUUCAUGUUUCGAGUGGGAGACCUGAGGAAGAGCAUGAUCAUUAGUGCCUCGGUGAGAAUCCAGGUUGUGAGGAAGACUACAACCCCCGAAGGAGAAGUCAUACCCAUUCACCAAGUAGAUAUCCCUGUAGAUAACCCCAUUGAAAGCAACAAUAUUUUCCUUGUGGCUCCCUUAAUCAUUUGUCAUGUCAUAGACAAGCGGAGUCCUCUUUACGAUAUCUCCGCUACUGACCUGGCGCUCCAGGACCUGGAGCUCAUCGUGAUACUUGAAGGAGUCGUAGAAACCACUGGCAUCACGACACAGGCAAGAACCUCCUACAUAGCAGAGGAGAUCCUGUGGGGUCACCGCUUUGUGCCCAUUGUCACGGAAGAGGAAGGCGUGUACGCAGUCGACUACUCCAAAUUUGGCAACACUGUCAAAGUGGCAGCGCCGCGUUGCAGCGCUCGAGAGCUAGAUGAGAAGCCGUCUAUUCUCAUCCAGACCCUGCAGAAGAGCGAGCUGUCCCACCAAAACUCCCUGAGGAAACGCAACUCCAUGAGGAGAAACAACUCCAUUCGGAGGAGCAACUCCAUGCGAAGAACCAAUCCCUCCCUCAUCGUGCCCAAAGUGCAGUUCAUCACGCCUGAGGGGAGCCAGAGUGCCUCAGAAACAUGAUACAUGGCUUUGUGCAAGGUUGGUGGGCUUCAGAAGGAGGAGGCACCCGUGGUGUUUUGUUUAAAUUUUCUCUUACUUAAGAACAUGAGAAGAUGACACAGGAAAGAACCGUGCAAGAACUAUUUAUUCUACUGCUUACUGAAAGCACCACCUAAUGGCAUUAGGAAACACUUUAGCACUUAGUGUAUGAAUUAAUAAGAAAUGUCACGUACACUAAAGAAAACACCGUUCACUCAUGUAAUAUAAUGUGUAUUUAUACUUGUUUUAAUGGCAUGCUGAUUUUUUUUAAUUGUAUUGUUCCUAUCAAGGCUCUCUUUCUUAUCUUCUGCUGGCUGUCACAAAAUUCAGGGGUUACCCACCUGCAGGCAGAAGUGAGUGCAUUUUCAAAACUGCUGCAUACAACAGAUCCCACAGAUUUUGCGCGGGAUAUUUGGAUAUCAAUCUUUUUGGGAUGAAUUCCUUGUUCUCUUGAAAGGAGUAGCUAAAUUCCUCAACAAUUUCACUGCAGAAGAGCCAGUAUUUUACCUUCACUUUUCCAGACCUUUUCUUUCCAUUGGUUUAAGGCAAAGGCAUUUUGAGAGCAGAUUCAGGUCAGCUGAAGUGGCCUGACCAUCCUGUAGGAAAACUAGUGUUGCUCUGAGCACCAGCAGCAGAAAAGCCAGUGGAACAGCACGGCCUCUUGCAGAGCACUGCUCUUCUCAGGGCGAGGUACUCUGCGGCAGGACAGCACGCAUCUGCCAUGCAGCUGUAGCCCAAGCCGAGAAGCUCAAGCCCUCCUGGCUGCCACCUGGGCAUCCAUUUCACUGAAAUUAUUCAAGGUAGAAAAAGCACACACCUCUUUACUAUCCUCUUCCUAUCGGUGGAAGACCAAAUCCCGUGGUUUUUUUGUCUUACAGGUUCAUACACUGAAGGCAACAAGUGCGCUUCCCUCACUUAUGGUACUUUUCAUAGGACUAAGGCCAAUGGCUUCAGCAGAAGGUUACUUUUUGCCAGUGGGAAUUCAUGAAUGAGAAUGAGAGGGAACCAUGCCAAUAAUACUAAAGAUAGUAUUUUCAAAACUAUCUGAAUAAUUUUCAGGGGGACUUGGGUCCUGCUGCUGAAUUACUAUUUUUCAGCAGUGCCUCGCCUUUGUUUUUAUAUAGUAUGGCAUUGAGAAUUGGUGGUAAGAAGCUUUUCUCUUCAAGUUAAAAUGGGCAUUUGUUACCUACAGCCUUCCCAAAAAUGUCAUCAGAAGCUUUUCUACAAGAAUAAAUUAAUGACAACUAAUUUGGUGGUCACAUUUGGUAAUGCUAAAUUGAUGCAUGCUUUUUCCCUCUGUGAAUAAGAAGUCUAAUAAUGGAGAAAUUUCUGUUCAAAUUUCUUGGAGAAGUUGUCUUAGUAUGUCUGUGGCUCAAGAGAAGUCCUGUCCUUGUACUGACUCUCUGAGCCACUCAACCACUUAAAUACUUCUGCGAUUUUAAAAAUUCGUUUAUUCCUAUCAGGUAAAAUAGUCAAAAGCAAUGCUGGAUCCUCGUUCUCCUUGGAAGUCAGGCCUUCAGCACUUACAUGGAUGGUGUGCAGGCUUUGUGCAGUGCUGGGUGGUGGCAUGGAGGGGCAUUGCUCUGUAGCGUAGGCUCUCUACCUUUGGAGCAGGUGCUCUCCAGAACAUAAACACUGACAAAAUACUUCAUCUGAAGCAGUAACAGAAACAGUUUCUACUAAAAGCACUCAUUCCCUGGCCUGACCAUUACUGUUCUGGAAGGAUGGAUGGUGAACAUCUGGAGAUAUUAAUCUGUCUAUUGUGUGUCCAAACAAUGAACAUCUGUAGCUUCCAAGAAGAGUCAGAGAGAAGCAUAUACAGUUUGUCUCUGGCCUCUGUUUCCAGGGCUGUGAAUUUCUCUGUGGCUGUCUGUUUGAUAUAUGGAUAAGUCAGAUGCUGUACAAAAGUAUUUUCUACAAAAUAAAAAUUGACAAUAAUGA